AUGGCUCUCAACGCGUCGCCGGCAAUAGCAUGCGUCGGCGUCAUCGGCAAGCACGACCAGCCUCUUCAUAUAUCUCUCUUCCAUCCCCACAAUACCAAUCCCAACGCUGAACUCGAAUUCCUCUUCCUGUUGAACAGUUGUCUAGACAUCUUCGAUCUGCGCGCUCGCACCACGAAACUGCUGGAUUCAGAUCUCGGUCUCCUCCAGGCCAUUGAUGACCGUCUGGCCUGCUAUGGCUGGCUCACGAAUACGGGCGUCAAGUUCAUUAUUGUGGUCGACAUGAUGGGCCGUCCGCCGCAAGACCCCUCGGAUCAGGACGCCCCGAGGGACAAGAGACGGUUCCCACCUGCUGCUGUUGGCCUGAGAGAUGCAGAUCUCAAGCCUGCAUUCCGUGCCGUGCAGACUGCCUAUAUCCACCUCAUGUUGAACCCCUUCUACAUGCCCGAUGAACGCACGCCCUUGCAGAUUGCCAACUAUGGAGGGAAGAGCCCGGAGAUCACCAGCAAGAAAUUCAUCAAUGAGAUACAGCGGGUAGGCAAGGCCUGGUAUCCGGGCAUAGGGGGCAUCUGA